UGCGCGCGCGCGCUUCUCGUUGCGUCUCCACGCGUACGCACGCGUGCCUGACCUGUACCGGUGCACGAGGAGGGGUAUGUUCAGUAUUUGUGUGUGAAAAACGGGCGCAUGCGCUCCUCGAGACACGGACGGGGAGCGUCAGACCGCAGCUGCAGAUUUUUCCCAUCAGUUGGGGGGAGAAGCGGCCAGGAGGUGGAGAGGACAGCAGGGAUAGAUGGGAAUACUGUAAUCCUGGGGAGGGUGGGGGGAGGGAUGGAUUGAUUUUAAACGCACAGAAGCACGGACACCACCAGCACUUGGCCACAUCAUCCACCGUAUUCCGUGAGGAGCAUCGCGGCGAUGGCUGAGGGCAAGUGAAUUACGGGCGCGCGUCCAUCUGAAGUGAUGAGACAGAAGCGCGCGGCUGGAUCUAUCUGUCAGGUUGUAUAAUGGAGAGCUCCAAUGGCUCCGACACCAAACCACUGAGCCAUCAUCCUCAUCCUCAGGUGGAGAAGAAGAGGUUAAACCGCGCGCCUUCCCCUGCCAGACCCGUCCUGAAGGAUAUCCACUCGCGAACGACCAAACCGAUCGUGCCGAAAUCCCCCAAAUUCAACAAGCAGCCCGCGUCCGCCGCGCCGGUGACGCCUCACAGCCGCGUUCCGAGACGCACCGUCCAGAGCGCGAAGGACAAAACCGCAUCAGCACCUGCAAAAACCAACAUCAAGCGCUCAGCGACAAAAAAAGCUGUUAAAGUCAUUCAGAAUGCAGCAUCCGAGCCGAAACCGGCCUGCAAAGCGGUUGAUACCGUUGCUCCGCAGAUCGCCAAGAACAAGGGAGGGCUGGCCCCGAUACGCGUCCCCACCGGACGCGGCGUCUGUCAGACGGACAGCAGCUCGGAUCUGUCCGACUGUCCCUCCGAGCCGCUGUCCGACGAGCAGAGGCUCGUUCGGGCCGCCAGUAGCGAUGUGGAGUCUGGAAGCGGCUCCGGUUCGAGCGAGCAGGCGGCCGGGGCUCGGGUGCGCGGAGGAUCGCAGGCUGCACUUGUGCACGGUGCGCACGCGGACAAAUGCAAAGCCGAGAAAGAUGCACAAUUCAAACCGGAGGGCAAGGAAAUGGCCCAGGAGGAACUGCUGAGGGAAAUCGAAGACCUUCGAUCGGAAAAUGACUACCUCAAGGAUGAAGUGGACGAGUUGCGAGCAGAGAUGGAGGAGAUCAGGGACAGUUACCUGGAGGAGGAGGUUUACCAGCUCCAGGAACUGCGAAGGGAACUGGACCGCUCCAACAAAAACUGCCGGAUCUUUCAGUACCGCCUGCGCAAAGCUGAACAGAAGAGUCUGCGUGUAGCUCAGACCGGACACAUCGACGGAGAGCUUCUGCGCGGUCUGGAGCAGGAUCUCAAGGUGGCCAAAGAUGUAUCUGUGCGUCUGCACAAUGAACUGGAGACGGUUGAAGACAAGCGCACGCGGGCGGAGGAUGAAAACGAACAGCUCAGGCAAAAGCUCAUCGAGUUGGAGAUCUCCAAACAGGCCAUGCAGAACGAGCUCGAGAGAGCCAAAGAGACUGCUCUGCGGAGGCGAAGCAGUAGAGAAACCUUCAAAGAUAAGAGGUCUUUAACUCAGGAGGACAGUGCAGAUCUGCGCUGUCAGCUACAGUUUUCCAAGGAGGAAUCUGCUCUAAUGCGUAAAAAGAUGGCAAAACUUGGCCGCGAGAAGGAUGAACUGGAACAAGAAUUGCAGAACUAUAAAUCAGUAUAUGGAGACAUGGACAGUCCUUUGCCCCUUGCAGAGGUGACAGGUGGAGGCCCCCACACCUCCCGGGAAGCUGAAUUAAGGUUACGACUCAAACUGGUGGAAGAGGAAGCCAAUAUUCUGGGAAGGAAGAUUGUAGAGCUGGAGGUGGAAAACCGCGGUCUUAGGGCAGAAAACGACGACUUGCGCUGUCAGUACGAGAGGGACUGCUUUGGGCGUGAACCCUUCUCGAGUGUCCCUACCUCACCGUAUGGUGGUGAUGCCCUGGAAUCUGCAAGCGAACUACGGCGACACUUGCAGUUUGUGGAAGAGGAAGCAGAGCUGCUGCGGCGCUCCAUCUCUGAGAUUGAGGACCACAACAAGCAGCUGACGUCUGAACUCAACCGCUUCAAAUUUGGACCCAGCCAAGCCGACUGGGAGUCCAAGGGAUCUGAAGGUGGAAAUGGUGGCACACUCAAACCUAAUGGAGGAGGAAAUGGUUUUUCAGGAGCAGGGAGUGGCGCCACACAGCAGGAGGAGCUGAAAGCCGCAAGACUCCAGAUCAAUGAACUAAGUGGGAAGGUGAUGAAGCUGCAGUAUGAGAACCGGGUGCUAAUAUCAAACAUGCAGCGCUGUGACUUAGCGGCACACUUGGGAAUACGCACCAGUAGCCCACGGGAUAGUGAUGUGGAUAGCGAUGCUGGGCGAAGGGAACCAGAUGAGGACGAGACGGCCAGGCUUCUGCUGCUACACCCCAAACGUGAGGGUCCUGUCGGCGGCGAGAGCGACUCCGACGACUUGUUUGAGAGAACGGCGACAUCUGGUUUCGCCAGUGGUGAGAAACCCUCAGAUCCUGGAGAGCUGGGAGUGGCCGAGGUUGCCCGACGGAGACGGGAAGACCGGGAGACGCUCCACAACGUCAGGCGUGAAGCUGAGAUGCUUGGUAAAACGGUGGAGCGGGUCAUCGCAGAUACGGACAGUCUGAUCCACGAAGGUGGUCUUGUUGUCCUGGGAGGGGAUCAUCUUGCAGAAGGUUCGGAGUUCAGAGGAGAUGGCGACUCUGUUGAAUCUAAACCCGACUCUCAGGUGCUGGAUUCCAUCAACAACCGCAUGAGGGCUUUCCGAACGGAGCUCCAGCAAUUCAUGGACAAGGUGGACCACCUUGGGGAGGGUCUAAGGGAACGCAUCGACGACCUUUCCCCCAUGCCCAACCUCACCGAAUCUAGCAGCUUCCUUUCCACAGUUACCUCCAUGUCAAGGGAUUCACCUGUCGGCACAAUGGGAAGGGAUCUGGUGACGGACUUCCAGUUCGGGCGCAGGGAGGAGCAGGAGUGGUGUCUAGAGCGGCAGAUUGUCCCGGAGACCCCUGGACAGGGACAGGGCUUCACUAAGGGCUCCGUCACAGCCAGGGGAGGCCCUGGACUCACUAGAUACACCAGACCCCACAGUUUCAGACCCGAGUGCUGGGAUUUUGAGACUGGUGUUCUGUGUUCUGAUGGGGUCCAGAUCCGUGACCCGGUCCUGGACCAUGACAGGAGGAUGAGAGCUGGAGCGGAGGAGAAAGACAGCUUGACUUCAUCCAUCACUCAGGAGGAGGAGAGGAGGCGAGCCGAGGCCCAGCGAGGACUGGAGCUGAAGGGACUUCAAUCUAAUGAGCCAACAUGGGCACAGGAUAGAGUCCUGCUGCAACAGGAAGUGAGGUUGUUCCAUCACAACAUGGUCAUUGUGUACAUGAAGCUGCGCUGGAUCCUGAUGCACUGGAGGCUCGGACGCAGGACGGACGCCCUGGAGGAGGGAGCACAUACUGAGUAUGAACAAAUGGAGAACAUUCCAGAACUGGGCAUUAUGACUGACCAGGGUGAUGGAGAGACAGAGAUGGAAGACAAAGUGAGCGCCCAAAUCACAGGAAGUGACCUCACAGAGCCCGGCCCCUUCCUGCUGUCACCGGAGAGAUUCCAGAACCAGAAACAGACAGGUGACAGUCGGCGUGUGCUGCACGCGCUGCGCUCUCUGCUGGAGGAGCUCAGGGCGGAGCUCCGCGAGGAGGCCCAGCGGCGCUGGCAGCUGCAGCAGACGUUAGCCAAUGAGAGAGCGGCGUGGGAGAUACAGCACGCUGAAAUGAGGAGUCACGUCAACAGGCUGCAGGAUAUGAGAGGAGAGACUGGAGACACAGUUGCUUCAGAUGUACUACAGCAGGAGCGGGAGGAACAGAGCCGUCUGCUGGCCGACAGUCACAGCACAGCACUGGAGCUGCACUGGAAACUGCAGCACGGAGAGAAACGCUGGACCCAGGAGCGGAAUGAACUACUGGAGCGGUUCGAGAAAGAGAGGCAGGAGUGGGACCGCAGCUUACGGGAAAUGUACCGCAAAAUGGAAAAGAUGCAGAAAGACGUUCUCCAGCAAGAAGAAGGCCCAGCACAUGUCUUCUCCCCUCAGGAGAGCCCCUGUAAGGCUCCUAGAUCUCCACGCUCCCCCUGCACAGCCGCACACAUGCGUUCCCACUCCGACUCGGAGGCCACACUGGAGGAGAAGUGGGUGCUGGGCAGACCCAAACCCUUUGAGGGACACCGGCCCCCAGAGAGCCUGUUCCUGGAUGCCCUUUCUCUGGAUCCUCUGAGCGAAACCGAGGUGCCUCCUCCAUCACGUCUGGAGAGCGAAAAGCGGUUCCCUCGUCUGGAGGAAGCACUGAAUGAGAUUUCUGAGAGUGUGGAUCCUGCCAUUUACCCUGAGGAAGAGAAGAGCGGCGGCAGCCUACUCAGGGCAAAGUCAGUCUGCUCCAUGAGUGACUUCCAGCGUUUGAUGGACAGUUCCCCCUUCCUGCCAGAUAAGAGCAAGCCUGGCGAGCAUGGGCGGGAUGAUGUGACUCCUCCCCUUUCACCAGAUGACCUCAAAUACAUUGAGGAGUUUAAUAGUAAGGGUUGGGAUCUGCCCACCAGCUCCCUGGCUGCUUGCCCCAUUCCUGACCCAGUAAUCCCCUCUCCAGUGAUGGAGGCCUGGGCAGAGAGGGCAGAACCAAGAAGGGCCGAGUCUACUUCGGAAGCAUUCCAGCCAGCCUCCUGGUACCUGACCACCAGCGCUACCUUGACCACCAACACCAUGAGUAUCCCUGAGUACUGCCAAGAGCUCCCACUCAGUGCAGCCCAGGAGGGUGAACAGUUUGGGGUGCAGUUCCUCCACAGUCCUGUUCGAGGAGAGCGGUCAGCUCCAGGACCCCCUGAACAGGAAUACAUGUUAUCCAAAGUAAAGGCAGGGGAGAUAGUUGGCGGUGCUGAUGAGGUGUUUGGAGGAAGGUGGCCAUGUGAGCUAAGUAGUCAUUUGGAGGCAGGACUUAGGCCUGGAGAACGUCCAUCGAGUCGUGCUGCUGUCGGGUAUACCUCGUCAUUAGAGCUGGAGCUUUCACAGAAUCUGAGCGAUGACAUGAAGGAAAAGGCAUUUUUUGCUCGGAAUGCCAUGCGAUCAUUUGCAUCUGGAUCUAGUCCUCCGGAAAGGCAGCUACGGGACAUGGCAUGUCAGACAAAUGGUUUAACCACACGGGGAACACAGACCACCCAGACCAUCAGCGUGGGAUUGCAAACAGAGGCUCUUCGCACCCUCACAAGCAGCCCUCACCGCUGUCUGACACCCAAAGGAGGCUCAACGCCCAUCUCAUCUCCUUCACGUAGCCAGAGAAAGAUGCAGUACUCUCCAAUCGUACAAGCCAAGUUUGAACGUCCAUGCUGUUCGCCGAAAUAUGGCUCACCUAAGCUCCAACGGAAACCUUCUAAUUCUGGCAAAGGAGAACAACCUGUUGGCCAACCCCGUGCUCCCACCCCAGCAACCACUGCUCCGCAGCAAAAAGGGAACAAUGAAUCGGCUUGGGCCCGUUCCACUACGACCAGAGACAGUCCCGUUCACACCACCAUCAACGACGGCCUCUCCAGCCUCUUCAACUUCAUCGACCACACGCCAGUCGCUUACGAGCCCAUGCAGAAAUUCAACAAGUCCCCUAGCCGCUCUCGUCCCACUGAAACCGAGCCUCAAGGGCCAACAGACCCUAAAUCCCCCAGUGUUUGUGCUGCACAGGGGCCUUUGAGGAACUCACGGGGCCGGUCCCCAAGCCCUGUGCAGCUGAUUGUAGAAACGCAAGGCGAGAAAACUCCAGAGGUGAUUAUCACCAGACAGGACCUGUCUGCUCCUCCAGGCUACACGCUAGCUGAGAACGCAGCACGGAUCUUGAAUAAGAAACUACUGGAGCAGAGCUUCAGGGAAGAAAGGAGGCUUUCCACUUCAUCCACAGCUGCUCCGAGCAAAACCGGAGACACAGAGAAACCAGGAUGUCUUGAGGACUUGCCUCGUUCGCCAGUGGCUCCACCUCUGGACUCCUGCUUCCUGCGUCCGGCACGUCCUGCCAAACGCCGUCCUCCGUCCCGCUGGGCCACCCACUCGCCCUCAUCCUCGCCCAACUACAAAGACCGAUCAGAGAGGUUCUUCUUCCCUUCACCCGUCAGACCAGUUCAGACCAUCCCGGAGAUAGAGGAGCCCAGUCAGGAGGAUUUCCCUUAACCAAAUCUGUCACCAUGAGUUCUGUCAGAAACCUGUUUAUCACAACCUCAAGUAUGAAUAUAAAGCGAGAUGUAGAAUAUGAAUUUCACUUCUGAAAAAGGGAAGUGUGGUGAUAAAUCAGGAUUGUAUUUAUGCUUUCACUCCCCUUAAUCAUCUCCCAUUCCUGACCACACGUACGCACACCAUCAAGAACCUUUCUAAAAAACAUUUAACUGCCCUGCCACUAGAGGGCAGCAUUCUGUGAGCACCAGCUGAACUUAUCCAAUAGGAAACAGUUCCAGAAAUUCAGUUUCGGAAUUAUCAAAGGACCUGGAAUGUACUGAAGUGAAACACCGCAGAGUGUUCCAUAAGAGGUGCCUACACACACGUGACCUCGCGACGGUCCCGUACUCGUGUUUGUCCAUGUAAAUGUAUGCAAUACAUACCACUCGAUAUGUGUUGGUCAUGAAGCCGCAAACUACUUUUCAGAUGUUCUGAAAAAUAUAACUGGAUAGUAAUAACAUUUGGCGGAUCAGCAUAUAAGUUUACAUGUGUUGAUUGUUGUUUGGAGGGGUGAAUAUCAUUUGUUAAAUUAUGUUUUGUGUAUAUGGUUUAUAAAACGAAUUUCUUAAUUUCCGCGUACAUCCCAUUUCGUUUGAAACCUUUGAUGCUUGAAUUAAAAAGACUAACAAGUUGUAUUUGUAAAGAGAAUUAGAUAAAGACUAAAGGAGAAAACACACACACUAUUUAGACAGGGAUGAAUGAUAUAUGAUGUCAAUCAUAAUGUAUUUUAAAAGCCAAUAUAAACCUGAAUGUUCGACAUGAUGACAGGAGAGUAUAUUGACACGGAUUAUCCUUAUGCACAUUUCCCAAGUCACAAAAUCCUGAAAGAAUAUGUGCAGGAUUCCAAUGGAAGUUAACAUCGUAAUUUGAUACCAGUUAGGGUUAAGAAAAAGUUUAUGAACUAACAACAUUCAAAUCUGCUCUGGCUGAAAAAUGCUGCAAAAACGAUCCAAGAUUUAAAUGCGUGAAUAUUUAAAAAGCCAUCCAUUGAGGCAGUCUGUGAUUGGUUGUUUGUUGCUUAGCAACUCAUUGUUACAUUCUAACAUUGGAUGGUUUCAUACUGUAGACGUUUUGAAGCAAAUUGUGUGUCCCACAUCCGUCGAUGGCUAAAAGUGAUGAAAAUCUAUUUUCAGAAUUAGAAGUUUGUCCAAAAACUUGCAACUAGCAAAGUUGCUCAGACCAGGGUUAAAAUGAACCCUAAAGGAAUAGUUCACCUGAAAUUUAAAAUGUGCUGUUUGUUUCUUCAUCAGAACAGAUUUGGAGAAAUGUAGCAUUGCAUCAGUGUCUCAUCAAUGGAUGCUCUGCAGUGAAUGGGUG